AGGCCCCGACCUUACACAGUAAGUCGGCUACAAAUCAAGGACGCAAUCAAUUACCCUAACACUCGAAUAGAGAAUACCACGUUACCGAAAGUCAAUACUAUACCUCCCGAGGGUAUAGUGAAGCUCAUUAACGAGCGAGCCAGCAGAAUAUAAACCCUCGUCACACUGACAAAGGGGCCUACCACCGUACGUGUGCUACAAGCAUUUGUUCGUUAAGUACGCUGUAAACCCUGAAAAAAGACUAUCCCGCUGAAGCAGGAUCUGAUCUCUAACAAUUGGGCAACUUGGAAUGAUUCCAUUAGAACCCCUCCAUCCAAGCAAUACAAGGGAAAGGCUCCGCUUCAGGGGAACGAUAACCAACAUUUGCGGCCACAACCACCGCCAUCGAAAGCGCUUUUCCCGCGAGUUCGAGUUAAAAGCCCAGCACGUAUGACAACUGAUUCUGAAAAUGGCGGUCCAUCCGGGACUUCCCCCGAUGCCUCCGAUCAACAGCCCACUAUUCCUCCAAGAAACCAAAAAAGAAGGCAAUCCAAUUGUCCCCCCCCUCUUAGUUUCGAUACUGGUAAGGAGCAUGUACCGGACUCUAUCGCACCUGAACCUCCCAACCAGCCACCCGCACGCGAGCUCCAUGCUCAAUGGGAUCUUGAAAUGGGCCUGACAAGACAGGGCGAAGAUCGGACGCAUUGUACAGUGCUCAAGGUUAAUUCUCGGAUUAUAUGCGAAUUGUCUCGACAAUUGGGGGAGGAGGUGGAGAAUUCAAGAGUCGAACUGGAAGCAGAGAGCGAAACCAACACCUCCAAAGUCUCUAUCCGAGCCAAAAAUCCAGAAGCUUUGGCAGCAGUAAUAUGUGUCGUGCACGGAGCCAACCCGAACUGGAGGAUCAGGUGUUUUGAAGACUUUGUGAUUUUAGCGAUGACCUGCCGGGAUUUUGGAUGCUGUACCGAUAGCCUGAGGCCUCUCCUUAGGGAUCGCCCAAUGUUGUCGCCAAACGAUCCAGACGAAGACCAGGAUCGUAUCGGGAAGUGGAUAUUUGCCGCGCUGGUUUUCAAAUUACCGGAGACGUUCGAACAGGCUACCCAUAAGAUGGUCAUGGACUUUAAGAAUAUCCCAGAGGAUCCUGAGCAUGCGGAGCUUCUCCCGGUGGAUUUGAGGAGUAAGUCCCAUCCGUUUAAAUAAGCAAUGUGACCACACCACAGUUACUAACAUGAGCGGGGAAUUUCCACUACAGGAAAUAUAAGGAAAAAGGGGCACGAGAUCCUAGAGGAGAUAAUGGUUUUUGUGAGAACCUGCGUGAUCGAGUGUCUUGAGCAAGAGGACCCGGCUGGUGCAGGGGCAUUCAUAGCAGCGAUUCACAACUCUUUGAAAGGCGUGGGUUAUCACCUCAUCAAUGGUGCGGCGGAACAGGGGGAAAACCAGGGGGCAACCCACCUACUUAAAGCCCUAGAAAACCUUCCACUUCAACCACCAGCAACGAAUAUCGGUACCGUCGAGAUUGGCCUUUGCGUCUCGGAACAGGUGCCAGACAGUCCGACCGCAGCAUCUCACCGCUCCGGAUCCUCGAACUCCUCUAGUUCGCCAAACCAUGCAAGGCCCAUGCCCCCGAGGCGAGCAAGGGCGCCGCACGUGAUAGCGAAUGUGGCCGCGGAUCUAUGGGAUAAAAGGGGAGCCCUUGCGGGAAAGAUACAGACUCUUGUUUCUCGAGACUUUAGGAAAAGGUCAGACUUAAAAGAUAUGAAUCAGAAAAAAUACGUCGAGCUCGUGCAGAGCUUCCAGAAGAAACUCGAGGAGGAAAAAUCCAAAUGGAGCUUUAGGGGGCUUGAAUUGAGGCAGUUCCAAACAUCCACUGACAACCCACAAAGGCCCCCAGAGGCGGGGGCUGCGGAGGGAAAUGGGACGCACUCGCACGAAUGA